AAGCCAAAGGGUUAUACCUCCUCUCCUUUCCUCUUGUUUGUCUAUCUCUCUAUCUCUCCCAAUUGCUUCUCUUAUCGCCGACCGAAUACCGCCGCCAUGGGGAGGAAGCCGGCGUCCGACGACCGCUCCUCCGCUGCCCCCUCCUCUAAGCCCUCAAAGUCCUCUGCCGCCGGCGGCGGUAAGAAGGAGAAGCUCUCGGUCUCCGCCAUGCUCGCCAGCAUGGACAAGCCCAAACCCUCCUCCUCCGCCGCCUCCAAGAAAUCCAAGCCGAAACCCAACACCAACUCCUACAUGGAUGAGCUCGAUAUGCCCCCCACCGACGAUGAUGAUGUUGAUGAAUACGAUCUCGCCGAUGUCGACGAGAUCCCGAAACCGAAAACACGUUCCGCCGUCACCGAGCUGACCGCCGCCACACUCUCCGGCAAGGAGGUGAAGAAGCGGGAGAAGAAGGAGCAGAUCGCUGCAGCCAACGCCGAGAACGCCCGGAAGGUGGCCCUCAAGGACGACAAAGACGUCUUCAACGUGGUCAUCGGCACCCGCGCCUCCGCUCUCGAUCCCGACAGCCAGGACACCGCCGCCGAUGCCAACGUCCGGGAUAUUUCGAUCGAAAACUUCACGGUGUCGGCCGCGGGCAAGGAGCUGCUCAAGAACGCCUCUUUGAAGAUCUCCCAUGGCAAGCGCUACGGCCUCGUCGGUCCAAACGGCAAGGGCAAGACCACCCUCCUGAAGCUUCUCGCGUGGCGGAAGAUCCCCGUCCCCCGGAACAUCGAUGUGCUUCUCGUCGAGCAGGAGGUGGUCGGCGAUGACCGGACCGCCCUCGAGGCCGUGGUCUCUGCCAACGAAGAGCUCGUCAGGCUACGCAAGGAAGUGGCCACCCUAUCCGAGAGGACAGAAGGGGAUGAGGACGAUGACAAUGGCGAGCGGCUUGCGGAAUUGUAUGAAAGAUUGCAGCUUUUGGGCUCCGAUGCUGCCGAAGCUCAGGCGUCCAAGAUAUUGGCGGGGCUGGGGUUCACCAAGGAGAUGCAGGUUCGCCCCACCCGUUCCUUCAGCGGAGGAUGGAGGAUGAGGAUCUCUCUAGCUCGAGCCCUCUUCAUGCAGCCGACCUUGUUGUUGCUCGAUGAGCCGACCAACCACCUUGAUCUCAGGGCUGUGCUUUGGCUCGAGGAGUACCUGUGCCGGUGGAAGAAGACGGUCGUGGUGGUCUCCCAUGACCGCGACUUCCUUAACACCGUCUGCAAUGAAAUCAUCCACCUUCAUGAGAUGAAGCUUCAUAUCUACCGUGGGAACUUCGAUGACUUCGAGAGCGGGUUCGAGCAGAAGCGCAAGGAGGUGAAUAAGAAGUUUGAAACAUAUGACAAGCAGAGGAAGGCGGCGCAGAGGAGCGGAAGCAAGGCGCAGCAGGACAAGGUCAAGGAGCGUGCCAAGUAUGUUGCUGCCAAGGAAGCUGCGAAGAGCAAGGGGAAGGGGAAAGUGGAUGAUGACGACCAGCUGCCGCAGGACGUCCCCCAGAAGUGGAAGGACUACACUGUUCAAUUCAGCUUCCCUGAGCCUACCGAGCUCACACCUCCCCUCCUGCAGCUCAUCGAGGUCAGCUUCAGUUAUCCCAGCAGGGAGGAUUUCAGGCUCUCAAAUGUCGAUGUCGGUAUCGACAUGGGAACGAGGGUUGCGAUCGUGGGGCCUAAUGGAGCAGGGAAGUCGACACUGUUGAAUUUGCUUGCAGGAGACUUGGUGCCUACUGAGGGUGAGGUGCGCAGGAGCCAAAAACUGAGGAUUGGGAGGUAUUCCCAACAUUUUGUGGAUCUGUUGACAAUGGAAGAGAAUCCAGUUCAGUAUCUUCUCCGUCUUCAUCCGGACCAGGAAGGGUUCAGCAAGCAAGAGGCUGUUCGUGCCAAACUUGGAAAGUUUGGACUGCCCAGCCACAAUCACCUUACUCCUAUUGCCAAAUUAUCUGGUGGUCAGAAGGCUCGAGUUGUGUUUACUUCGAUUUCUAUGUCUAGGCCUCAUAUUCUAUUGUUGGAUGAACCCACAAAUCAUCUAGAUAUGCAGAGUAUUGAUGCUUUGGCUGAAGCACUGGAGCAGUUCACUGGUGGGGUUGUCUUGGUGAGUCAUGACUCACGACUGAUAUCUCGCGUCUGUGAGGAUGAAGAAAAGAGUGAGAUAUGGAUAGUGGAAGAAGGCACCGUGAAGAAAUACCCUGGUUCUUUUGAGGACUACAAGGAAGACCUGCUAAGAGAAAUCAAGGCAGAGGUAGACGAAUGAAGCAGUGCACAAAAGUGAGUUAUAUCUAUUGUUUACUUAUAUAAUGAGUUUUUUCUAGCUUUGAAGAGUUGCUGUACUAUUUCUCCAUAGUUUUCGGAGACCUUGCUCUGGGGUUGAGUCUUUCUUUAUAUGUAUCGGUAAAAGCUCAAUAUGUUUACGUGAGAGAUCAUGAACUUUGCAAUGCAAAGCAGAACUUCUAUUUUAUAAACUUGAUGAGAUCUGUUUGCUGCUGCA